GUUGAUUUUAUAAAUAUUUAGGAUUGCAAGUUACAAUUACAAUAUUUGUUUCAUUUAAUAUUAACUAUGGAAUCUUCAUUAAAAAGUGAAAAUGAUACAGUUAAAGAAGAAAAUCCAUACGCUUAUUUGGAUAGAGAUUUUUCUUCGGAAAAUUUUAAAAUUGAAGUUAAAAAUAUGCCCAAAUAUUAUGGCAUAAAUGAAUUUCGGAAGCUUCUAAAUGAUAAAUUGAAACUAAAUUCCAAUAAAAUUAAAACAACUAGAAAAAAUAGUUCCUUUGCCUUUGUUUGCUUUAGAAAUAAUGAAGAUAGAGACAAUGCAAUGCAAGUCCUCUCUAAAUAUAAAUGGAAAGGAAAAGAGUUGCAGGUUAUGAGAGCUAAACCUGCACCUGAUCCUUUAGUAAAGAAGAGAAAGGAGGAUUCCGAAGAACAACAAGUAAAGAAACAAAAACUAGAUGGUAGCCAAGAAGAGAGGUUAAAAAAUUCUACAAUCCCCUAUUGGAAUGUACACUACGAGGAACAGUUGGAAUUGAAACAAACUAAUAUCAAAAACUUGUUGAAAAGAAUGGGGAAUGCUCUUGCACACAAUAAUCCAGAUCUUCAAAAGUGGAUCAAGAACCAAAAAGCAUUGUAUGAUGGUUUACCUUGUAGUUUAAGCGAUAUAAGAUAUUCUAAUGAGAAUACAGGAUAUAGGAAUAAAUGUGAAUUCACAGUUGGAAUUGAUGAGGAAACAAAUCUGCCGACUGUAGGAUUUAGGAUAGGAAGUUAUGUUAAUGGUACUACUGGCGUUGGACCAGUAGAUGGUCUUAUCCACAUACCUGAAUCAAUGAAAGUUGCUGUUAAAGUAUUUCAGAAUUUUGUGAGAUCUUCCGAUCUAAACGUUUUUAAUCCAGAAAUACAUACAGGUCACUUUCGCCAAUUAAUGGCGAGAUCAGCACCAAACCAACUAAUGUUAGUAGUCGGAAUACAUCCGCAAGACUUGGACGAAGAAAAAUUAAGCAAGUUCAAACAAGACCUCGUUGAAUAUUUCAGCAAAGGAGAUGGAAAGGAUGCAAAUGUAACAUCGUUAUAUUAUCAGAAAAUAGUUAAAAAAAACCACAAUAAUGACAUAACUCCAUCAGAACAUCUCUGGGGGGAUACUCAUAUCUACGAGACCAUUUUAGGAUUGAAAUUUAAAAUAUCUCCAGAAGCUUUUUUCCAGGUGAAUUCUAAAGGAGCCGAAGUUUUAUAUCAGACGGCUAUGGAAUUGUCUGAACCAUUAGAAGAUUCAACUGUUCUCGAUGUGUGCUGUGGUACUGGUACUAUAGGUUUAUGCUUUUCCAAGAAAUGCAAACAAGUUUUGGGUAUAGAAAUAAUACCUCAAGCUAUAGAUGAUGCCAGAGAAAAUGCAGCUAUUAAUGAAAUUCAAAAUUCGGAAUUUUUUGUUGGUAAAGCCGAAGACACAUUGGGAAAUGUGUGUUUUAAAUCUAUAGGAAAAGAUAUUGUUGCUGUAUUAGACCCACCAAGAGCUGGAUUACAUAAGCAAGGAAUUCUGCACAUUCGAAAAAUUGGAAAAAUUCAGAAAGUUGUUUAUGUUUCGUGUAAUCCUACAGCAGCUUUUGAAAAUUUCGUCGAUUUUGGUAGAUCAGAAUCCAAGAAAGUACUUGGUGAUCCGUUAGUGCCCACUAGUGCCGUAGCUGUUGACUUGUUUCCAUAUACUAAACAUUGUGAACUUGUUAUAUGUUUUGAAAGGUGGAGUAAAAUUAAGGAAAAAUUUAUAGAAGAAAAUACCGAAAAGGAAGUACAGGACAAAGAGCAAACUGAUAAUGCUGAAACGGUACAGAGUAAUCACGAAGAAAAUCAAAGUAAUGGGGAGCAACAACCUGUUGAAUAAAAAUUUAACAAUUAUAAUUGUUUUUUUAAGAAAUUAUAUUUUAA